CCUCACGCCGCCCAUCAGCAGCAGCCCCAACUACCCCAACUCCCAGCAUGUUAUUCUUCAGUUUCUUCAAGACGCUCGUCGACCACGAGGUGACGGUCGAGCUCAAGAACGAUAUCCAGAUCCGCGGCACGCUGAAAUCGGUCGAUCAGUAUCUGAAUAUUAAACUGGAUGAUAUACAGGUCGUGGAGGAGAUUAAGUAUCCGCAUCUGUCGUCGGUCAAGAAUGUUUUUAUCAGAGGCAGUGUUGUGAGAUAUGUACAUUUGCCGGGAGCCGCGGUGGACACGGCAUUGUUGGAAGAUGCGACGAGGAGAGAAGCAGCGCAACAGGCGUCGAAAGCGAAGUGA